AUGUCGUCGAUGCGCGGUCUCGUCCAAUUCAUAGCCGACCUCCGAAAUGCCCGGGCGAGAGAACUGGAGGAGAAGCGAAUCAAUAAAGAACUGGCCAACAUCCGCCAGAAAUUCAAGAGCGAGAAAUUGGAUGGCUACCAGAAGAAAAAAUACGUCUGCAAGUUGCUCUACAUCUACAUCCAAGGGUACAACGUCGACUUUGGACACCUGGAAGCCGUUAACCUGAUCUCCGCAACCAAAUACUCCGAGAAGCAGAUCGGUUACCUUGCCGUCACCCUAUUCCUCCACGAGCAGCACGAGCUCCUGCAUUUGGUGGUCAACAGUAUCCGAAAGGACCUGCUGGAUUACAAUGAACUCAACAACUGUCUGGCCUUGCAUGCAGUGGCCAAUGUGGGUGGUAGAGAAAUGGGCGAGGCGCUCAGUGCAGACGUCCAUCGGCUGAUGAUCUCCCCUACCUCCAAAUCCUUUGUCAAGAAGAAGGCCGCCUUGACGCUGCUCCGGCUCUAUCGAAAGCACCCGGCUAUAAUUCAAAGAGAGUGGGCAGAAAGAAUAAUAUCACUGAUGGACGAUCCUGAUAUGGGUGUGGUGCUCUCUGUCACUUCUCUCAUCAUGGCUCUGAUUCAAGACAACCCGGAGGCAUACAAGGGGAGCUAUGUCAAGGCAGCUCAGAGGCUGAGAAAGAUUGUCAUUGAGAACGACAUCUCGCCGGAUUAUUUGUACUACAAAGUCCCUUGCCCGUGGAUCCAAGUCAAAUUUCUAAAGUUGCUGCAAUAUUACCCUGCUUCAGGUAAGUACGACACCAUUUCCCAUCCUCGUCCGAGCGAUUCUGACUUCAGAGUAGAAGAUUCGCACAUACGCGAUAUCAUUCGCGAAUCACUGCAGGCCAUCAUGCAAGCAGCUACAGAGGCGCCCAAAAAUGUGCAACAGAAUAAUGCUCAGAAUGCCGUAUUGUUUGAGGCCAUCAACCUUCUCAUCCACCUUGAUACAGAGCACCAGCUCAUGAUGCAGAUUUCUUCCAAACUGGGAAGAUUCAUUCAGUCGCGUGAAACAAACGUGCGGUACUUGGGUUUGGAUGCCAUGACCCAUUUUGCUGCCAGGUCCGACACUCUGGAUCCCAUCAAACGGCACCAAAAUAUCAUCAUCAGUUCGCUGCGAGACCGAGAUAUCAGCGUUCGGAGGAAGGGCUUGGAUUUGUUAUACAGCAUGUGUGACACAACCAAUGCCCAACCUAUCGUCAAUGAACUGUUAAAGUACCUGCAAACUGCGGAUUUCUCAAUACGCGAAGAAAUGACGCUCAAGAUUGCGAUUCUAACGGAGAAAUACGCCACUGAUGCUCAGUGGUAUAUUGAUAUCUCCCUGAGACUGCUGGCCAUGGCUGGGGAUCAUGUCAGCGACGAGGUCUGGCAACGAGUGGUUCAGAUUGUCACCAAUAAUGAAGAACUGCAACCCUACGCAGCACAGCAUAUCUUUGACUAUUUGAAAACCGACAAUUGCCACGACACGCUUGUCAAAAUUGGAGGUUAUAUUCUUGGAGAGUUCGGCCACCUAAUAGCCGACAACAAAGGAUGUAGUCCGAUCGAGCAACUGAUGGUGCUACAGACCAAGAUGCUGUCAGCCCCCGAUCCCACAAGGGCUCUGCUGCUGUCAACAUUUGUCAAGUUCGUUAAUUUGUUCCCAGAGAUCAAACCACAGUUGCUCCAGAUGUUCCAGUUCUACAGCCACUCGCCCGACUCAGAGUUGCAACAGAGGGCAUGUGAAUACUUGACUAUUGCGACUCUACCGACUGAUGACCUACUACGAACCAUUUGCGACGAAAUGCCCCCGUUUUCUGAACGAGCCUCCAUCCUCUUGCAAAGGCUGCACAAGAAGAGUGCCGGGAUCAGCGAAAGGAGAACGUGGGUGGUUGGCGGCAAGGACGCCAAUGCCGAUGAAAAAGAAGUUUUGCUGGCCCAGCAGACAGGGCUCAAGCGAUCCUUUACCACUAUCGUCAAUGGGGCAACUGGAAAUACGAAUGGCGCCGCAGCCACACCGGGACAGAAUGGAACGACCAGUGCUGCAAAGGACCUGGAAGGACUGGAUAUGAACGGCCAUGACGAUGACGUGAAGUCUUCCAGUCUCACGAGCACGGUCCAUCUUUCGCCAGACUGGGAGAUCGGCUAUGACAACCUGUUCUUCGCCGACGAAGGUGUCUUGUACGAGGAUCCCCAGAUUCAAGUCGGCAUGAGGGCAGAGUAUCGUGGUCAUCUCGGGGUGAUCAAGCUGUACUUCACCAACAAGGCCUCAUUUUCAGUUGGCUCCUUCACGACCACUGUGGAUAACAAAUCGGCCCCCAGCCUCAAAAUUGAUAACAAGAACCUCCCUGAUUCAACAGUCAGUGCAGACUCGCAAGUCCAACAGACCAUUGUGUGUACUUCGGUUGCGCCAUUCUCGGAAGCGCCCACCAUCCGCAUCUCAUAUCUCGCCGGAGCCCUGCAGGGAUAUACUCUGAAGUUGCCUAUCCUACCCCACCGGUUCAUGGAUCCAUCGGAGCUCUCCGCGGAGGAUUUCUUCAAACGUUGGCGGCAGAUUGGAGCGGGCCCCCUUGAAGCGCAAAGUACAUUUGGCAUGCGCAAUCCUUUGGCGCCAAUGAACGACCAAUUUGUCCGCGAAACCGUCGCAGGAUUCCGUUGGCGCCUCCUGGACAACGUGGAUCCAAAUCCAAAGAACAUUGUUGGAUGUGCGGUGUUGCAGUUGGAGAAGGGAAAGACGGGAUGUCUACUCAGACUAGAGCCCAAUCAUCAGCAAAAGGUAUGA